AUGCCGCCGGCGCUCGCUGCCGUGGCGUGGGCGCUGCGGGCGGCGGUGUGGGCCUGCCUCGCCGCGUCGGCCAUGCUCGUCGCCGAGGCCGCGUACAUGGGCCUCGCCAGCCUCGCCGCGCUGUGGCGCCGGCCGCAGCGGAGUUUUAUAGAAUUUGACACUGGAAUCAAUGGAACAUUUGUCUCUUUUUUGCAGGUGUACAAGCUAUCCAUUAGUGCGGCAUGUGCCCUGACGUGGCCACCAGACCGUAUUAUAAUACAAGUAUUGGAUGAUUCCACUGAUCCGAUAAUUAAGGAACUAGUGGAGCUUGAAUGCCUUGGUUGGGCUAGCAAAAAAAUUAACAUCAAGUAUGAGGUUAGAAAUAACAGAAAGGGAUACAAAGCAGGUGCACUGAAGAAGGGCAUGGAACAUAUAUAUGCCCAACAGUGCGACUUUGUUGCUAUCUUUGAUGCAGAUUUCCAACCUGAAUCUGACUUCCUUUCGAAAACUAUACCGUUUCUUGUGCAUAACCCAAAGAUUGCAUUUGUACAAACACGUUGGGAGUUUGGUAAGCAUAAAGAUAUCAUUUUCUAG